GAUCGUGAUGAAGAGAGUUGUACUAUUGGCUUUACCGGUUGUACUUUUAUCGUUAAUUUAUCGAGCUAUUGUCCCCCCUCCUCCAAGAAGUUGUAGUACUGCUGGUGUUCCAUCACAAACACCAAAAAUCAAGCUAAGAGAUGGAAGAAAUUUGGUGUACAAAGAAUAUGGUGUGCCAAAAAAUAUUGCUAAGUAUAAUGUUAUAUAUGUUCAUAGCUUUGGUGGUAGCAAAUUUGAAGCUUCACUUAUAAUUCCGCAAGCAAUUGAAGAACUAGGGGUAUAUUUUGUAUCAUUUGAUAGACCAGGUUAUGGUAAAAGUGAUCCUCAUCCAAAAAGAAGUUUUAAAAGUUUAGCUCUUGAUAUUGAAGAAGUUGCUGAUCAAUUGGAACUUGGAAAUAAAUUCUAUGUUAUUGGAUUUGCAAUGGGUGCACACUUCGUUUGGGGUUGCCUUAAGUACAUACCUCAUAGAUUAGCAGGAGCUGCAUUAUUAGCACCAGCAAUUAAUUAUUGGUGGCCAGGAUUUCCAUCAAAUUUAACUAAAGAAGCUUAUGAUAAACAAUUAAUUAGAGAUCAAUGGGUUUAUAAAGUUGCAUAUUAUGCCCCAUGGCUUAUGUAUUGGUGGAAUACACAACAAUAUUUUCCUGGAUUUAGUGUUAUUACUGGGGAAUUUAAAUUGUCUCAAAAAGAUCUCAAAAUUGCCUAUUCACUUGAUGAGAUGCAACUUCAGCAGGCAUAUGUUACACAACAAGGAGAAUUUGAGUCACUCCAUAGAGACCUAAUUAUUGGUUUUGGUAAACCUGAAUUUGAUCCAAUGGAUAUGAAAAAUCCAUUUUAUAAUAAUGAUGGCAAUAUACAUUUAUGGCAUGGAGUUGAAGAUGGAAUUGUGUCUGUUAAAUUACAAAACUAUAUUGCAAAAAAAAAUCCAUGGAUAAAUUAUCAUGAAUUACAAGAUGCUGGACACUUGUUUCCUUGUGGUGAUGAUAGUAUAAAAUAUGAUAUAUGGAAGGCACUAUUGAAUCAUGAGAAAAAAUAAUUGAUUGUAAU